AUGGCGGCGCCCGUCCUGAGAGUGUCUACCCCUCGAUGGGAAAGAAUAGCCAGGCUCCUUGUUUGCGUAUUGGGCAUAUUGUUGUCUUUAUACGCUUAUCAUGUGGAAACGGAAAAGGCUAGAGACUCGAAUUAUCGGGCCAUGUGCGACGUGAGCGAUUCUAUCAGCUGUUCAAAAGUCUUCACCUCCAGGUAAUUUAAAUUCAACAGCGGCGCGGAGUACUAGUAGCAGCGCUCUGGAUGAGACUGGGCUGUUAUUUUUUGGCAUCAUUGUGCUAAACUGUCAAUGUUUUAGCAUGCGCUGUUCUUUAGUACAUUUAACAUUUCAGCGCUUACUAUUGAUAAAAAACGUAGCCUGUUUAGUGUGUAGAAGCUAUCGUAGCCAAAUUGCUAACACUACGAUACUUACUAGCUAACGUUAUUCACCAGCCAACAACUAGCUAGCUACUAGCUGGCUGUUUGUUAGAUGUUAUGAAGUGGUGUAGUUUCAUUUGCGUGGAUGUAUACUUUUGUUCUCCAACCUUCUUAACACUGAUAUUUAGAUGUAAUUAGAUUGCUAAAUUAGCUAGCUAGCGAAUAGGGCGCCACCCGCAGCAAGUUAACAUUGGCGAGCUAGACGAGAGGCGUAACCAUUCAGCCAGUUCUGUGUAGCAUUUUUUUAGCUGUAUGAAUCAGCUGUCUAAUCUACACAUUAAAUAAAUUGGAGAGUACCUCAAACAAGUUUUCCAAGAUCUUAAACUGAUAUCAUUUUAAUAAGUCUCACUACAAUUUUAGAAACUGUAGGCUGCUUUUGUAUAAUUCCAUAGCGAUCUCAAAUAUGGGCCUUGCAUUUCUGCCCUCAUUGCGAUUAGUUGGAUUGUUCGCUGAGGGCUGUAAUAUAUCAAUGACAAGAUGAGCAACCUAAUCCUUAUAUUGGGAAAUACAAAUCAUUGUAUAUUGACAAAGCUGAAGUCGCAUAAUAAGGGCAUCUGUUGUCUGAAACUGUUGAAUAGUCUUCUGUUGUAUGAAACUAUAGUCCUAAUGUGAAACUGUGUCAUGAGAGUUCAGCCUGUGAUUGUUGGUCAUACUUAGUUCAUGUGCCCAAGGGAUCUUAGGAAAUGUAUUUGUGAGUAGCUAUCUGGGUUAUAGGACAUACACACUCCUGUUUGGUGUACAAAUGCUGACAGCCAGGCAAUGUCAGGUCUCUGGGGGAAAUACAGGGAAGAGGUUUUUCAGACAUGGUGCACAAGUCAUGAGAACAACACUGCUGAGACAUUCAGUUUCUCAACCAUACUCUGCCUGCCAAAAGCCAUCAUGUGCGGCCUUGAAUAACACGCAAAUAACCAACCUGAACCUACCCUUUGAAGUGUCAUCGUGUAGGACUACAGUAUUUUGUCUCAACAAGGAGAGGUUUUUUUAAAUGGCAGAGAGUAGUGACUGGAUGCUCGUGGCCUGUGUGACAGGUCUGUGAACUGUAUACAGGAACCCUAUAGGGAAGUAGGCCUAACUGCUAGGCCAGAAUGGUUAUAGUCUGACUGCAAGACAUUUGGCCAAUAACCUUGGUCAGAAUUGUUGGAUAAGUCAUUGUAAUAACUUAAGGCGUCAGUGACUCAGGUAGCCUACACUGCCUCUUAAAAAGACUAUGCCAAGUCAUGCUAUUUUCCCUUGGGCUUUGAAAGCCAUGGUAUCCAUAUUCCAGAUGAAGGGGAGGAGACAGGUUAAAGAAGGAUUUUUUAGCCUUGAGACAAUUGAGACAUGGAUUGUGUAUGUGUGCCAUUCAGAGGGUGAAUGAGCAAGACAAAAUAUUUAAGUGCCUUUGAAUGGGGUAGUAGGUACCAGGCGUACCGGUUUGAGUGUGUCAACAACUGCAACGCUGCUGGGUUUUUCACGCUCAACAGUUUCCUGUGUUUAUCAAGAAUGGUCCACCACCCAAAGGACAUCCAGCCAACUUGACACAACUGUGGGAAGCAUUGGAGUCAACAUGGGCCAGCAUCCCCGUGGAACGCUUUUGACACCUUGUCUGAUGAAUUGAGGCUGUUCUGAGGGAAAAGGGGGUGCAACUCAAGUUGUAGCAACUCGCAUAUCACAACUGCUGCUACCAGACUUGUUAAACAGCUCAGUUUAUACACCCAUCCUCUCCUUCCCCAAUACAUGUACAAAUAUUGGACUAUAAAUUGUGCCUUCCUGUAUUAUACAUAUGCUAAAAUGUAUAUUCGUUUCUACUGAGCCAUUUAUUUUAUGUUCAAAUUCUUAUCUUUUAUCAUUUCUUAUUGUUGUUGCAUGGUCGAGAAGGAACCUGCAAGGAAGCAUUUCAUUGGACGAUGUAUACCAUGUGUAUCCCAUACAUACGACUAAGAAUUGGAGUCGACAUGCGUCAGCAUCAGGGUUGGAAAUGAACACCCGCCAAAUGCGGGUAGAUUUAGUCAUUGGUGGGUAAGAAUGUCUAUUUCACCAGCCAUGUUGGCGGGUGGUCUCACAGAGCAUUUGGGAACAGUUGUUUUUAAAUCUAAAGGCCACAUGUGCCUCCCGAGUGGCGCAGUGGUCUAAGGCACUGCAUCGCAGUGCUAGCUGUGCAACUAGAGAUCCUGAUUCGAAUCCAGGCUCUGUCGUAGCCGGCCGCGACCGGGAGACCCAUGGGGCGGCGCACAAUUGGCCCAGCGUCAUCCAGGGUAGGGGAGGGAAUGGCCGGCAUGUAGCUCAGUUGGUAGAGCAUGGCGUUUGCAACGCCAGGGUUGUGGGUUCUAUUCCCACGGGGGGCCAGUCUGAAAAAGAAAAAAGAAUGUAUGCACUAACUGUAAAUUGCUCUGGAUAAGAGCGUCUGCUAAAUGACUAAAAUGUAAAUGUAGAAGAUGGUCGUAUUAACAAGAAAGGCUACUGCAGUGUGACUUUGUCCUCGUGUUUCUUGUCCAGUUAUAUCAUUUUGUUCACACGCUAGGUUGUUUUUCAAUGUUAGUUUGAGAUUGCUGCAACUGUCUGCUUCUAGGAAGAUGUACCAGUCAGGGAUUUUUUUCAUCACGGACAAGCGAGUGCCCAAGUUACCACGGUAAUGGAUGGUUAGACAUUUACAUAAUGAGAACCUGGAGGAAAAUGGGGGAGGGUCAUGCUUUUUCAGUCAGGGGGAGGGUUUAGUAUUUAUUAAAUCUAGUCCUGGGGAGUGUCAUGUAAUUUGUAAUUGAUUAAAUUUCCAUAGUUGCGUACUAGGCUAUAUAUCAAUGUGUGCCCGAUGCCGCCACUCAUCUCUGAUUCUCCGCUGGGUGCGCAAUAUCAAGUGUGUCUAUAGGCUAUUUAGUGUGGUCUCAAUCAAAUGAUACGAAGUGCAUGCUCGGAGAAGCAUAGAGCAAAGUUAUAUUUCUAAGAAAAUGUACUUCCUUCUAAAGUAUUUUGCGCUGCUGGGAUUGUGUAAAUAAAACUAGGCUGCAUUACACACUGGAAUGCAUAUUCCAACCCUUAGCCCUGGGCUGCUCUGCUCUUGCUGAUCAAAACAUUUUUUUGUACUGCCUAACUAAUGGCGGCGCUGUGUAGGCCUAUGGUGGCAGAUCAAGAGAAGAGUCAAAAGCUUCUUCUGAAAAUAAUUUUUGGUUAGGCCUAGUCCAAAAAAUGAUUAAUCGUGCGCACGGACUAGCCUAUAUGCUCUGUUCAGUUUGAGAAGGAGAGCGCGAAUAUGAGGAGGAGGACAACUUUGAUAGCUUGCUACUACUAUUAUUGAUUUGAAUAAAACAGUAUGUUUCUUGCCUAUGAUGUAUUUAUCAGAGUUAUUGACCUCACAAUAAGCCAGAUUCAAGUAACUUGGUGCUGAAACUUGAAGCAGCAGCCGUGGCACAGUCAAUCUGAAAUGGACAGCUCAUGGUGCUGAAAGUAGGCAAAUUCGAGUAGGCAUAAUUCAUUUAAACAGUCUUCAUUUUAAUUUUGACUUUACUAACAACAAGAGAGCUUUAUGUUGGAGCUUAUUUCUUCCUAUUUAAGAAAUAAGAGGUAGGCAUACCUGUUUGACAGACGAAAUUAGGCUAUAGGCUGCUAUCCAUCGAUAUUUCGGCCAAUUCCUCCACCCACCAUGCAGUCUUCAAAUAGCCUACCUCUGUGUCAGUGAAGAGCUAUUAAGUUAAAACCAGGACUCGAAUUGAGAGGGUAUGCCAUAGGCCUACCUUAUGUUAAAGAAAAUGUCAAAAAGCAUAGGCCUACCCCUUUUUUUAGCUUACGAUUUAGAAGUAAAUCUAACGAUUAUAUAAAGUGAUCUAUAACAUCGCUUUGGUCCACAAUGCUUUAUGCUAGAAACAAGUUGUGAAAUACCUGGGAAAGUGGUGACUCCAAUGCAUAUUUGGAUAUCUUUGUUUUGUUUCUUUGACAUUGAGGCUGAGCUACAACCUUCUAUAGCUUGGGAAGUAAUCUAAUUCUGAAAGCUAUUCACUUUCUUUACAAUAGAGAAUGUUUAAACCAAGACAGCUUUUAGGGAAACACUUGUGACUUUCUCUCGUUGGGUUAAGCCACGGGAGAAGAGUAGCCAGUAGUUAAAGUUUAUAUUUGUCUGAGUUGGUAGGCCUACUCUGUCUGGGUUGGAAAUGUAGUCUUAACUUUUGAAAGUACCAUGCUCAGAUUCACAAUGAUGCCUUAGAUUUAAUUAUUUGCAAACAGUGACAGUUUUGUUGCAAACAAGACACACUGAUUUGGCAUUUGAGAAAUAUGAUAAGAUGAACAUAUAGGCCCAACUCUGUCCAUUCUUAGCCUCUAAUUUCUGUGGCAUUAAAAAAUAUUAUACUAAGGUCUCCAGUCACGUAAAAUACCGUAGAACUGCGUGACCCACAACCUGGCUCGCAGCCAUGUGGCUAUCAAAAUUCCUGCAUUCCUUACAGGACCAAGAACAGUUUCUAAAACUGCAUAUCUAAGUCUCUGGUAAAUGGUAGACAUGUUCUCUGCUAUCCACUUUGUUUACAUUUUUAUUUUGCUAUAGGGGAAGGUCUUUUAAGUGUUCAGGGGAGGUUUAGUUAAAAUAUAUUUUGCUGAAGGGAGGGCCAUCCAUUUUCAUUUCAGAGAGGUCCGAUUUUCUCCAGGUGACCCUUAUUAUAAAUAACGUACACUCCCUAACGGCCCGCCCCUUAAAGGGGCAGCUGAAAUUUUUGGUCUCACCUAAUGAUUGCGCUUGAUUGAGCAUGGAUCACUCCUAAGGACUUUUAUUCAUGAACUUUUUGUAAUUUCUUAUCAAAACACUCAAAUACUUUAGUUGUUUUCCUAGAUUUAUUUGUGUGCUUCUACGUUUUUACAUGUACUCCUUGUAAAAAAUAAAUAAAAAUGUCAGCGUGGUGCCCCGAAAUAUAAUAAAUAAGCCAUAUCACUUAGCCUUUUGUGGCAGGGUAGGCACUUUGUUGGUUCUUGAUGUUCAGUUGUAGAAUUGUUUCUGUUUUUACUAUUGUAUCUAAAUUAUUUAUUGUAACAUACAUUGGUUAAAAGACGCAGUUCACAAAAAUUUUAUGAAAUUCAGCAAUAUGCCCCAUUACUUCUUACUAUUAAUACAUUUAUUGUCUUAGAAAAAUAGAAAAGCAUGCUCAUCCGUAAAAGUAAAUAAAUGUUGAUGUAAUUAUAGCGAGAGAGAAAAAAUUCCGCAGGUAAAAUAUCUGAGUGGCUAGUAGAUGUUUAAAUCUGCCUGCGAUAGUGGCUGGUGGGCCAAAAAGUGAAUUUCCCUACCUGGCCAGCAUCCCUGUGGUAUGCUUUCGACACCUUUUUAGAGUCCGUGCCUCAACGAAUUGAGGCUGUUCUGAGGGCAAAAGGGGGGUGCAGCUCAAUAUUAGAAAGGUGUUCCUAAUGUUUAGUACACUCAGUGUAGGUCCUAAAUGCAGUGCUUAAAUUCUGCUGUGAACAAUGCAGUGGUGUGAUCCUGUGGAGGCAGUGCAGGGAGGGGAGAUGUCAAACCAGGACCAGUGGUUGUUGCGCCACUCAGAUUUCCAGGGUACUUGGUUAUCUUGCUUCUGAAGCCGUACAGUAGGCCUCUGGAAUUUCCACUUACAAAGGGAACAAUGGUUUAAUGAAAUUCUGCUUUUACUUUUAUGAAUAUAACUUGUAAAUGACACUGUUAAGCCUACCUAUUGAGCUACUGUAUCAAAGUGGUUAUACAGUGAGGGAAACAAGUAUUUGAUCCCCUGCUGAUUUUGUACGUUUGCCCACUGACAAAGACAUGAUCAGUCUAUCAUUUUAAUGGUAGGUUUAUUUGAACCGUGAGAGACAGAAUAACAACAAAAAAAUCCAGAAACACUCAUGUCAAAAAUGUUAUAAAUUGAUUAGCAUUUUAAUGAGGGAAAUAAGUAUUUGACCCCCUCUCAAUCAGAAAGAUUUCUGCCUCCCUGGUGUCUUUUAUACAGGUAACGAGCUGAGAUUAGGAGUGCUCCUAAUCUCAGCUUGUUACCUGUAUAAAAGACACCUGUCCACAGAAGCAAUCAAUCAAUCAGAUUUCAAACUCUCCACCAUGGCCAAGACCAAAGAGCUCUCCAAGGAUGUCACGGACAAGAUUGUAGACCUACACAAGGCUGGAAUGGGCUACAAGACCAUCGCCAAGCAGCUUGGUGAGAAGGUGACAACAGUUGGUGCGAUUAUUCGCAAAUGGAAGAAACACAAAAGAACUGUCAAUCUCCCUCGGCCUGGGGCUCCAUGCGAGAUCUCACCUCGUGGAGUUGCAAUGAUCAUGAGAACGGUGAGGAAUCAGCCCAGAACGACACGGGAGGAUCUUGUCAAUGAUCUCAAGGCAGCUGGGACCAUAGUCACCAAGAAAACAAUUGGUAACAAAACUACGCCGUGAAGGACUGAAAUCCUGCAGCGCACGCAAGGUCCCCCUGCUCAAGAAAGCACAUAUACAUGCCUGUCUGAAGUUUGCCAAUGAACAUCUGAAUGAUUCAGAGGAGAACUGGGUGAAAGUGUUGUGGUCAGAUGAGACCAGAAUCAAGCUCUUUGGCAACUCAACUCGCCGUGUUUGGAGGAGGAAUGCUGCCUAUGACCCCAAGAACACCAUCCCCACCGUCAAACAUGGAAGUGGAAACAUUAUGCUUUGGGGAUGUUUUUCUACUAAGGGGACAACUUCACCGCAUCAAAGGGACGAUGGACAGGGCCAUGUACCGUCAAAUCUUGGGUGAGAACCUCCUUCCCUCAGCCAUGGCAUUGAAAAUGGGUCGUGGAUGGUUAUUCCAGCAUGACAAUGACCCAAAACACACGGCCAAGGCAACAAAGGAGUGGCUCAAGAAGAAGCACAUUAAGUUCCUUGAGUGGCCUAGCCAGUCUCCAGACCUUAAUCCAAUAGAAAAUCUGUAGAGGGAGCUGAAGGUUCGAGUUGCCAAACGUCAGCCUCGAAACCUUAAUGACUUGGAGAAGAUCUGCAAAGAGGAGUUGGACAAAAUCCCUCCUGAGAUGUGUGCAAACCUGGUGGCCAACUACAAGAAACGUCUGACCUCUGUGAUUGCCAACAAGGGUUUUUCCACCAAGUACUAAGUCAUGUUUUGCAGAGGGGUCAAAUACUUAUUUCCCUCAUUAAAAUGCAAAUCAAUUUAUAACAUUUUUGACAUGCGUUUUUCUGGAUUUUUUUGUUGUUAUUCUGUCUCUCACUGUUCAAAUAAACCUACCAUUAAAAUUAUAGACUGAUCAAGUCUUUGUCAGUGGGCAAACGUACAAAAUCAGCAGGGGAUCAAAUACUUUUCUCCCUCACUGUUUAACUUAGCAUCUUUAUGAAUAUAACUUGUAAAUUACACUGUUUAGGCUACCUAUCACCUUAUCCGGAUCUAGCCCAAUAAUCACGUGACCUUCUCAGACAUUGUCCUUGGUGUACAUUGCUAUUUGUUGUUUAGGUUGAGUACAUGUAUUUGUGAAUUUGUCCCUGCAUUUCAUCGACAUCACAAUUACCAACAAAUGUCCAUUUGUUUUUUUCUAAUUCAUCUCCCUGUGUAGGUGGGGUCGAGGCUUUGGACUGUUGGGCUCGAUCUUCGGAAUCGACAGUGCAAUGAACCAGCCAAACAGUGUCUAUGGAAUUUUAUUUUAUUUUUUUCAACUAUUACUAGGUAAGACUUUUGAUUCCACAGCCACCGGCUCAUGCUAUUCAAAGUAUGUAGAGAAUUUAGGUGACAAGCCUCCUUGGAUAGUCACUUAGGGCUAUUUGUGCUGACACACCACUCUGUCAGGCCUUCACUCCCUCUUUACUAUGGUUUGACUGCACCCUGGCUCAGAUGAUAAGGACUGAGGACUGUGGAGGUAGUGGAGUGUAUAUUAGAGGUAGUGUUGUCACGAUACCAGAAUUUUUACUUCGAUACCAGGUUUAGUAUCAUUCGAUAUCAUCAAGAUACUUGAUACCGGAAACAAAAAAAGGUGUAUUAGUCAAAGUCACAGAAGGGCACUUGAUCCAGGCAGGUAAAAUCAGCUACUGCUAAAUCUCUUCAUAAACUGGGUAAAUCAAGAUGUAGCCUAGGCCAGUGGUCACCAACCUUUUCUGAGUCAACCGCUCAGAUUAAAAAAUUAAAAAGAGACUUCAAAAAAUGUAAGCCUAUGCAACAUUAACCUAAAAAAAAACAGUUCUGUAGGAAUGAGGUUUGUGCAGUAAGCCUAAUACAUUAUCACAUCAUAUUGGCUUGGCCUGCCAAUAUUGUUCUUCUCAGACCAUAUUAUAUUUCAAACCUCGAGCUAUGAUGAUACAAUAGAUCAGUUGUUGUAUUAUUAGGCACAGCUGAGCAUAAGUGUAAAUCAUUUGCUUUUUUAUUUUACUGGUCUGAUGGCGCCUGCAUUUGAUGGUCAGUCUCAGCGGAGAGAUGGAGAGAGCAGCAAAGGGUCUGUCUCUUACGGGUUCGUCUCCCUGCUCUCUCCUUUUCUUCGGCGAGUCUGACCAGAUAGAUUGGACACUGUUCCACCUAAUGUCAAAACUCGAGUCACAUUGAAUUAUUUCUGUCUCAUGCACAAAUCCAUGUUUCUAUGACCAGAGAAAGUGAGAGAUUUCUUGAUAUUAAAAUAGACAAGAUGAGCCGCAAAUAACAAAAACGCACACAGGCCUAUCGAUACCCUUGGCUACUCGUUCAUUGAAGCCGCAGUACUGCGCGGAAGUAGGGAGAAGCACGUUUUAUGUUUUGUAAAAGUGUUGAAUAAAAAGUGAUGACAGUGCUGAAUAAACUGAACUCACUCGUAAAAACAGCAGCUCUUUGAGUCACUCUGGUCAUGGUUUCAAAACGUAUGAUAUCUCACGUAGGCUAGUAUGAAACUUUGCUGUGGGCCCGGGGUAGUGGAAGGCAGCUGCAGGCACAGUGAUUUGAGCUAUCCAAUUGGCCAGCGCAGUAGGCACACUUGAUUUAGCUCUCCGAUCUGCCGGGUAGGCGGAGUUUGUCCCUUCAGACAAAUGAAAUGGUUCAAAACGGGGACACUUUGCCUAGCCGGGACACAGGGCAGCUGAAUCAAGUCCACGUACCGCCAACAGCGCAAGACGAAUAAAAACAAAUAGGAGCGCAAGGCUUUUCUACAGAAAUGUUUGGUGAUCGACUAGGAAUGUCUUGAAGGUCGAUCGCAAUUGACAGGUUGGUGACCACUGGCCUAGGCCUAUUCACAGUACAGGUGAAUGCAUAUUCAAUAGGAGCGUGUGCAUGCAUUCACUGAUUUCACAGGGCUACAGAUGACAAACAAUCUGUUUCCCUUCCAUUUGGGACUUAUUUCAUUGUACUGAUCAACAACAUUUGCAUAGAAGUAGCAAUAUUUUCUUUUAACCUAGUAAUGAUGUCAUUCAUGACGAGGCACAUGCCCACACAGUCAGUUGAGUUCAGUGAGGGUCCGGGGACAAGACGUCUGAAGGCGUCCGCAUGCUUCCGACCGGAAACAGUUUGGAAAAGUUUGUGCAUAUAUUAUGAUGACGUUUUUGUUCAUUUUGGCUGUUCGUGCACACAACAAGCCGAAGUCGGUAACCGAAGUCUAUGCCCCUUCGUCGGUGAUUGGUCAACAGUAGGGAUUCUUCAAUUAAGUGUUUGAUGUCAUUUAACGAGAGCCGAAUCGUUUUCAUGCAAAUUCUUUCACUUGAGAAAUGCUGAACCAAACAUCUUAGAUGUAAAAUUGCACGACUAAGAUCUCCUCGGCAAAAUUAAUGAUAGAGUUCUUGAUUUAUCUUAGAUUAAUUCUGACUAUUUUGAGGAAGUGCAUACUGGCUACGGCUUCUCAAGAUGGACAAAUGGUACUAUUGCUGCUUUUUCUAGUUUUUUAAGCGAAGGUCUUUUAAGGGAGUAUGAGAGCACACGUUUGCCUAACCAAACUGUGGAAGGCUUUAGACGUGACACCGACAAAAGGGGAAAGUAUCUUUGGAUGUGAGGGAGAGAUGAUUAAGUGAAUUAAUAACGUUUUUGGUAACUAAGCUUUAAAAUCAGCAUAUUUUGCAUUAUGGUUUGCAUAUCAAAUCUAAUUUUAUUUGCCACAUGCGCCGAAUACAACAGGUGUAGACCUUACAGUGAAAUGCUUACUUACAAGCCCUUAACCAACAAUGCAGUUUUAAGAAAAAUAAGUGUUAAGUAAAAAAUAGAUAAGUAAAAAAUCAAAAAUAAUUAAAGAGCAGCAGUAAAAUAAAAUAACAGUAGGGAGGCUAUAUACAGGGGGUACCGGUACAGAGUCGAUGUGUGGGUGCACAGGUUAGUCGAGGUAGUUGAGGUAAUCUCCCGAGUGGCGCAGUGGUCUAAGGCACUGCAUCGCAGUGCUAGCUGUGCCACUAGAUAUCCUGGUUCGAAUCCAGGCUCUGUCGUAGCCGGCCGCGACCGGGAGACCCAUGGGGCGGCGCACAAUUGGCCCAGCGUCGUCCAGGGUAGGGGAGGGAAUGGCCGGCAGGGAUGUAGCUCAGUUGGUAGAGCAUGGCGUUUGCAACGCCAGGGUUGUGGGUUUGAUUCCCACGGGGGGCCAGUAUGAAAAAAAAAUACUAAAAAUAAUGUAUGCACUCACUAACUGUAAGUCGCUCUGGAUAAGAGCGUCUGCUAAAUGACUAAAAUGUAAAUGUAAAUAUGUACAUGUGGGUAGAGUUAAAGUGACUAUGCAUAGAUAAUAAACAGAGUAGCAGCAGCGUAAAAGAGGGGGUGGGGUGGGGUGGGGGGACAAUGCAAAUAGUCCAGGUAGCCAUGAUUAGCUGUUCAUGAGUCUUAUGGCUUGGGGGUAGAAGCUGUUGAUAAGCCUUUUGGACCUAGACUUGGUGCUCCGGUAACGCUUGCCAUGCAGUAGCAGAGAGAACCGUCUAUGACUAGGGUGGCUGGAGUCUUUGACAAUUUUUAGGGCCUUCCUCUGACACUGCCUGGUAUAGAGGUCCUGCAUGGCAGGAAGCUUGGCCCCAGUGAUGUACUGGGCCAUACACACUACUCUCUGUAGUGCCUUGCGGUCAGAGGCCGAGCAGUUGCCAUACCAGGCAGUGAUGCAACCAGUCAGGAUGCUCUCGAUGGUGCAGCUGUAGAACCUUUUGAGGAUCUGAAGACCCAUGCCAAGUCUCCUGAGGGGGAAUAGGCUUUGUCGUUCCCUCUUCAUGACUAUCUUGGUGUGUUUGGACCAUGAUAGUUUGUUGGUGAUGUGGACACCAAGGAACUUGAAGCUCUCAACCUGUUCCACUACAGCCCCGUCGAUGAGAAUGGGGGCGUGCUCAGUCCUCUGGCAGAUGUGUUGUUACCUACCCGUACCCCCUGGGGGCGGCCUGUCAGGAAGUCCAGGAUCCAGUUGCGGAGGGAGGUGUUUAGUCCCAGGGUCCUUAGCUUAGUGAUGAGCUUUGAGGGCACUAUGGUGUUGAACGCUGAGCUGUAGUCAAUGAAUAGCAUUCUCACAUAGGUGUUCCUCUUGUCCAGGUGGGAAAGGGCAGUGUGGAGUGCAAUAGAGAUUGCAUCAUCUAUGGAUCUGUUGGGGCGGUAUUCAAAUUAAGUGGGUUUCUGGGAUAAUGGUGUUGAAGUGAGCCACGACCAGCCUUUCAAAGCACUUCAUGGCUACAUACAUUUGCGUAUUAUCACAAACAAAAUACUAAGGUAGUGAAUUGAUGUUAGCUUAUAAAAUUCUCCUAAGAAGAGCUUGAAGAGUUACAGGGCAUUUUCAUCUAUGGCCCCUUGUGGUCACUGGACAUCGUUUCAUGUUUUUAUUCUCAUGAUCAAGUCAGCUAAGAAGACUUAGGCCAAAAUAUAUGGCCUAAGGCUUACUGUACAUUUGGUUUUGGGUUCUGUUGCCCCAAAUUCUUGCUGCUUUUUUGCCACACAUGGCAUUUACACAGUUCCCCCUGUUAACUAAAAACUGAUAGCUUUAACUUUAUCCUGUAACACUCCCGCCCUUGUACAGUAUGUUACAGUAUGUGUGAGCACUAUGUUGGUCCCUUUCCCCUCUAAUAUAAUUUCAGCACUAUGAAUAGAACCCUGUGCCAGAACCAGAACAUGUCUGGUUAGAAUGUCCUCUACUUUAGAACACCUGCCCUUCCUCCUCCUUUAACCAGAGGAUCCUGUCAUGCAUCUGGCUCAGUGGUUUACUUUCUUAAGCAGACCUUGGUUCAAACACUAUUUUAAGUAAUUUAAAAUACUUUUUCUGUGUUCGAUUGAGCUCUCCUGGCUUAUUGGACCAAGACAAGUCCUAAAACUGCAAACCCACCCAUCUGGCACAGGCUAGAGCAAAUGCAAAUGCAGCAAAUUAUUUGGAAGAUUUCAAAUGGUAUUUUGAACCCAGGUCUGGUCUUAAGCUCUCCACCUUUCAGUAGAAGGGUGCAGCCAGAGAUUUGUGGUGGUCACUCACUAGUGCCAGGUUACAAAUGAGGGGCCUAUGGGCUGCAUAGCACAGAAGCCACCACCAAUGUAAUGGGUGGUGGGUCACUGACUGUCUGAGUCCCAAAUGGCACCCUUUUCCCUAUAUAGUGUACUACUUCUGACCAGAUUCCUAUGGGCCCUGGUCAAAAGUAGUGCACUAUAUUGGAAAUAGGGUGCCAUUAUCUCCCAGAGACCCUUGUUACUUUCGACAGUUUGGGGCUCAGAUUUAAAGAUCAGAAAGACAGCCAGGUGUCCGAUCUCUGUAUUUAUGAUAAUCAUCGUCAAGCAUGAGUCUGCAAAUAAAUAAGUACUUAAGUUAAGUGUUAAGACUUAAAGCUGACUGGCUCGCAUACAAAGUCACCUGACAAGGGCACCCAAGUUAUCCCUCCCUGAUUCAAGUGUACAAGGUCCACCAUUUUUAUCCAAGACUCUUGCUUUUGUCUUUUCCAUGUAGUAGUGUUUGUAAAAGUGAUUAUAUUUCUUCACUGCCAGCCUUGCACAGCCAUGUCUUACUGUACUUGUCUGUGCCGUGCACGUCAUGUCAGUAGCCUAAGCCCCUGCUCUCUCUCGUCUGGUUGGUUACAGGAAUCACUGUGAGUGCGAUGGCUGCCCUGAUCCUCAUGACGACGUCCAUCCUAUCGGUGAUGGGCUCUCUCUACCUGGGCUACAUCCUCUACUUUGUCCUCAAGGACUUCUGCAUCAUCUGCAUCACCACAUAUGCACUGAACUUCAUUCUUUUUAUGCUCAACUACAAGCGACUGGUUUACUUGAAUGAGGCCUGGAAGCAGCAG